UAUUAGCAUUCACUGUAACCUAAAAGCUUAUAUAUGUAACAAUCUGGGUCAAUAAUUCAUAGGUAGGAAAGAGCAGGCUUCACUUUUUGGCCUUUUGACCUGCAUCCAGCAUUUAUGAGGUUAACUCUAGAGGCCUGGGAGUGGAGAGAGGGGAGGGGGUUGGACAUCAUUGGCUAGGGGUUGCCUUGGUUACCCCAUACAAGGGCAUUUUCCACCUGGUUUGGUCUCGAUAGAAGCGGGAGCUUGCUGCCUCCAUUUUGAAUCCUCCGUGUUAGCUUCUGUUUUAAGUUUAGUAAGUUAUGGUUCACAGAAGUGGAAAAAAAUAUUUUUCGCUCUGGAGUUGGAGCAGAACACUUGUAGCUUUCGAACCAUUGUGGAUAUUACGUGUGUUUUGGACCAAAACGCUUUAUUGGAUUAAUUUCGCUGGAUCGUAACAGAUAAAAUGAGACCACACGUGAAUGAGCCUCAUUUGGAGCUCAGAAGUCGUCAAAAACACACUUCACACCACAAAGAUUCAGCAAGUGCCUAAAAUGCCAGAGGUGAAGCUCACUCAGCUGCUCCUCAUCUGCUGCAUGCUGCACUGGGGUAACUAUGCAUAUAAUGUGACCUGUUCCAAGCCCAACCUUCAAAGCCUGAAUAAAGCACUUGGGGGCCUAUUCAAUAAUUCCCAAGUCUUACCUGUUGGGAACCUUUCUACACUUAACGUAUCCAUCGAAAUCACCGUGGUGGCAAUUAUAGGAGUGAAUGAAAGGUCUCAAAUCCUGUCCACAGUCAUAUGGCGGGUCCUGCAGUGGAAUAUAGGAGGACUGAGCUGGAACGAGACCACGUGUGGCACGAACCGAGUGUCUGUACUUCGUGAAAACCUUUGGGUCCCUGACAUCUACAUCGCUGAGUUCAUCGAUGAAGACAAAACUGCCUUCAAGCCUCCCUACGUCUACCUGAACAGCACGGGCUAUGUUUACGAUGACCAGCCACUGCUGGUGCAAAGCUCCUGUGAACUCGGGACCUACACAUUCCCCUUCGACAUCCAGAACUGCUCUCUGUCCUUUGGCUCCUACCUGCACUUUGAUACAGACAUCCAGAUGUUUCUAAGCUCCACGCGUGACCACAUCCUGAGCGAAUCCAAGGACGUGGUGCAGACUAAUGGAGAGUGGGAACUGACAGACAUCUUUAUAGACGAUAAACACACAGUUGUGCUGGAAGUGGGAAACUACUCUCAGAUCCAGUUCUUUAUCGUUUUGAGACGCAGGCCGCUCGUCUACGUGGUGACUCUCCUGCUGCCCAGCUGUUUCCUCAUCAGCGUGGACCUCUUCAGCUUCCUGCUGCCUACUCAAAGCGUGGACCGCUCCUCAUUCAAGAUGACCCUCCUCCUGGGCUACACCGUCUUCCUGUUCAUUGUGAGCGAACUGCUGCCCGUCACCGGGGGGAGCACGCCUCUCAUCAGCGUGUUCUUCUCCGUCAGCCUCGCUCUGAUGGUGGCCAGUCUGUUGGAGACCGUGUUGAUCACCAACCUCCAGAGCAGCUCCGGUGAACAGAUCAGGGCGCCUCAUUGGCUCAGGGUGCUCGUCUUACAAUACCUGUCUGUUGUUGUCUGCCUCUCAGAACAGAAAAGGAAAAACCUAGCCUCAGUGUUUCACACCAACUCUAAUAAAGACUCAUCCCUGAGUUGCACAAUCAGCCGCACCUUGUCACAAGAGCUUCAAAGUGUGUCUGAUGAUUCAGAAAAAGACAGCAACCCGACUCUGGAAGAGCUGAGGAAGCUGAGGCAUGAGGUCAGGGCCAUCCGUGUCCAGGUGGACAAACACAGGGAGGAGAACAUCUCACAGGAGUGGGUAAUGAUCGGGCUGGUCCUCGACCGCCUGCUGUUCAGUUUGUACCUCGUCUUCAUCAGUGUCAGCUUUCUGGUCAUUGUAUUUGUCUGGAUCUGGAGCACCUCAUACUGUAUGCAAAAUGAAUAACUGGUGGGUUGAAACAUUGACUACGGGUAGAUGAGUAAAUCCAGGUUUCUUUUUUUUUUUCUUUUUCUUUUUAA